AUGGUAGCUUUUCUCAACAUAGUGGGAAAUCUUCUCCCAUAUCAUCUUCUCUCCUAUGGCGCUCUCCUCGGAACAGAGCUCUACCAGGUGCAUCUCUUGUCUCUCAAACAAGCAAGCUAUCUCAUGACUAACCACAUAAAGAGCUUCGUCAACACAAAAAUCUGCUACCAAGCCUUGCCAAUGAAGGAGUUCAUCCUCCUUCAAAAGCGCCUUUUCCCCAUCUACUUCGGAACGCAAGUCGGACUCACAGCGUUGACGGCAGCAACACACCCACCGUACAGUAUUUUGUCACUGGUCCAAGACCCAUGGAGCGUAACUCCUCUUGCUAUUGCUGGAUUGACCGGAUGCCUGAAUUGGUUCAUCUACGGGCCUCGAACGACAACUGCAACGUUGGUCAGGAGAGCACUACAAGAAAGCGAUAACACCGAUGCUGCCGCCGAUGGGUCAAAGGUACAUCGAGCUAACCGCAAUUUCGCGCGAAAUCACGCAAUGGCCAUCCAUUUGAAUGCUAUUGCCAUGAUAGCUACUGUGUUUUAUGGGUUCUCGCUUUCUGCCACACUUGUAGCAGGGAUUUAG